AUGGUCGCAGCUCCUCUUCCUCGAGAUGGCAGUUGGUCCAACAACAGCAACAACAGCGAUAACAAUGAAAACGCCAAACGAAAAGUACGUCAAAAGUACAAGCGCAAACGUAUCCCCGCGACAGAAAAGGAACGAAGGCGGCUGAGCUAUGAACGACAGGCUCAAUACGAGGAACUCAUAUCGAAAAGUGGUGACGAACCACCAAGCAUUUGGAGUUUUGAAUGUCUCUUUCCCAAGGCGGUCUGGGAUGAAGAAGUCAUUGAACGUGAUUUGAACGAAGUCAAGAAACGGGACGCAGCAACGAUUGGCAAAAAGAGUAGCCGGAACCAAAAGCAGCAACAACAACAACAACAACAGCCAAAAUCCACCGAGCGACUAAAAACCUCGGCCAUUGGAGCGAGUUCCAUGAUGCGGGUAUGGCGAGAACCCAAGUUGAGCUCGUUUAUAUUACCCUAUGUUAUGGAGGAUGUGGUGGAGAAUACCAAGGCUUUCUUGGGCGACAAAACAAGAGACAGCACAAAGGAGGAAACGGCCGAGGCCGAAGCACAAGCCGUGGCCGACAUUUUCACUCCCACUGUGGGCCCCAAACCUAGUCCAAAUGCUACCCUAUCGGAACGUCUUGGGGCCGCGGUUAUUGAAACGAACAAGUCCGGCAAGGUCGAUUUGGAGUUGACACGGAUGGUGGAAGACCGCAUGUACGGAUACCGACGGGGAACGACAUCGCUCAUGGGAGCUGAUGGAAGCGUUCAAUUUCGCGAGGGUGUGCGACUGGGCAAUCCUUUGCCAGUGAACGCGGCCCGUCUGAAUUAUCAUGCCAAGAUGGAAUUGCGUCAUCAUCGAACGGAGGAAGCCCAAGAAUUGUACGAAGAAGCAAUUCGAAUAGACCCACGCAAUGGACGGGCCUAUCUGGGCUUGGCGAAAUGUGCGGAACGUCGUAGGGACUACAAACUGGCAAAAGAGUGUUUGAAGACCGGAAUUGCCAAUAGUGUUUCCUUGGCGGAAGAUGGGACGCCUGAUAGUGGUGCAAAUCCCUUCUUGUUGCAAGCACUUGGGUGUUUGGAAGAAAAGGCGGGGCACUUGACCCAAGCAGAAGCCUUGUUUAUCGAAGCGGCUCGGUCUCGGCCAUCACAUGCAGCUUCUUGGGUGGCCCUAGCCCAAUUGCGAACGGAAAAGUUUCGUCAAUCGGCCAUGGCCGGAAGAGUAUGUUAUCAAACUGCGGCACGGGAAUUGGAAAAGGCGGGCAAGAAGCCAUCCUCGCACGUCUUUACCGCCUGGGCUGCCAUGGAAUACAAAAAGGAGGGCGAUGUGCGAAAAGCGCGUAAAUUGUUUCACAUGGCUUUGAAAGCGGAUAAGCGAUGCUCGGCAGCCUGGUUGCAAUUGGGCUGCAUGGAGGCCAAACAAGAAAAUUGGGCGCAAGCGGAAAUUUGUUUUGAAACUUGUCUCAAAUUCGACAAACGAAAUUCGAGAAUCUUGCAAGCCUAUGCCAUUAUGGAAUCCAAGCGUCCCGAGAGCAACUCUCGCAAGGUUAUUGAACUGUUUGAGCGAGCCUUGAAGGUGAAUAAACGAGACGCAGGAGUUCUGCAGCCAUAUGCACUCUACGUGGCCGAAUUGGGAGAUGCCGAAUCAGCUCGAGAUUUAUUCGAGCGCGGUACCAAAGUCAACAAACGACAUGCGCCCGUCUGGCAAGCUUGGGGUGUCUUUGAAACUCGUCAAGGCAACCCGGAAGCAGCAAGAAACAUCUUCCAACAAGGCAUUUGGGCCUGCGCCCCACUGGGCGGUGGUCAAUCCGGCGGCUACAAGUGCGCCCGAUUGUGGCAAGCCUGGGGCGUUUUGGAAGCCCAAGAAGGAGAUUAUGCGGCUGCUCGGCGGUGUUUCAAUCGGGCUGUGGAUGCCGACAAGCGCAACAUUGCAGCAUAUAGAGCAUGGACCAUGAUGGAGGAAGAGCUGGGUAAUUGGGAAGAUGCACGAUCCUUGUUUGAGUGGGCAUUGCAACAAUUCGAACCUGGAACGACAGAGCGCAAGCAAAUGUGGCAGGCCUAUGAACUGAUGGAACAAAAUGCCAACAAUCCCUCUGGUGCAACUGCAGUCUACCAACGAUCCAUGCGAGAAGUCUUCAAACUGCAGGAUAUCAAAGAAGAAAAGGAAAAGGAAGCCGAAGAGGAAAGCCUUGCCGAAUCCUUGAAGACCGUCGCAGAGGUGGAGGAGAAAGUUGACGAGAAGAAAAAGGAAUACGAUGUCAUGCAAUGGGACCAAGGUUCUUCUAGCUCCUUGAAGGCUGAAUCAAUGGAGUCCGAGGUUUGGAUGAACAAAGGAUCCAUUGAAGGAAAGGUACCCAAUGCGGAAAUGAAGAAACAGAGAACCCAAACGCAAGAAAGAUGA